AAAAAAACCCUUCAUCCUUUCCACACCACUGAAACUCAAAAACACACACAUUCCAAAGCCAUAUAUAUCCAAAAACCUCAAAACCUCAAACAAUAAGAAGAUUUUAUAUUCUUCCACAAGAAGCCAGCGUGGAAAGUUAGAGCGCAUGGACUACAACAAAGACAUAAUCCCACCUCUUCUUCUCUAUAGCACCAACUACACAACUUCUCACACUCUUGCACAUUGCGAUAGUAACGAUAGCAGAAAUGAUGAGCAGAUCAUAACCGAAUCCUCAGGGGAACCCAAAGAGCGGGAAAAAUACAAGCAGUCGCGGUGGAAUCCGACGCCUGAGCAGAUGAUGGCGCUUGAAGAGGUUUACAGCAGCGUAACGCGGACGCCGACGACCCAACAAAUCCAAGAGAUUGCAUCUAAGCUCCAAAAGUAUGGGAGAAUUGAGGGAAAGAACGUUUUCUACUGGUUCCAAAACCAUAAGUCAAGGGAUCGACUUAAACGACGCCGUCCUGAUCAACAAGGAGUUGAUGAUAUGAAUAACGACGUUCAUGAAGAACCACUACGUAAGGACAACGUCGUUAUAGCUACGGGAAACACGGAUUCAUCAUCAUCAGUGCUGAGAAAAAGAAGCGAUCACCGAGUUAUUCACACAAAGACUUGCUUCUCUUCUUUGCCCACACACCAACAGAACAAUGAUGGGAGGAGGGAAGAGUAUGAGAGGGGACUGGGGGAAAAAGAAGAAGAAGUCAAGUGGCAAAAUCAGAUAGACCCAAUUAACGCUUCAGACAGUAACAGUAACUACCAUGUGAUAAUUACUUCGAAAAGUUGGCAAGAAGCAGAGCACCAAUACAAUCUGAAUGAAGAAGAGGAGGAAACAAGAAAAAGCCGAACGCUAAAUCUCUUCCCAGUUAUAGAGAACCAAGAGAAAACCGAUGCAACCAGUUUUGCAGAUAAGAACCCAAAACCAAACCUGUUGUGCUGUAACUACUAUUAUUAUUACGAGUUCAUGCCUCUGUUAAACUGAAGCCAAUGCCCAUGUGGGUAAUAAAGAGGGUCGGUUGGAUUUAUUUAAUGAAGGUAUUGUUGCUUUGUGGGAAAAUGGGUUAAGUGAUGCGUUUGAAGAAAAGCGUGAAAGAGAGAAAAGAAGGUUGUAGAUGGAGACGUGUAGUAAAUGUUGGGUACAUUAUUACCGGAAUGUGAAGUCUUGAGCAUGUUAUAAGGUUUCGAACUGAGACUAUGUGUCUUGAAAGCUUCGAUGUUUCAUUGUCUGUGUAAGGAAUAUAUUUAAGUUUUAGAUGUGUGCGUUUAGAGUUAUUAAAUGGGGGUUUCUUGUUCAACAGGCUGUCUUUUUCUUCUUCUGCAGUUUAUCUGCGACUCUGUGGGAGAUGACAUUUGAAUUUGAAUUAGAUACACUAAAGUUUUUUCCACUGGAUCAGCAAAAACCUUUUAGAGGGAUUAAUAGGAGAUCAAUAUCGUAAUCUUGGAU